CGUAUCUUCCCCGCUAGGACAAAAACUGGUAAGGACGCGGUGUAAUGGCCGUGGCUCGACUAUAUUUAAGAAGUGUGUAUGUGGCCAGAUGAAGUGGUUUCGUAAACAGGGCGAAGCCCCUAGACUUCUCAGUCUGUCGCCGCUGCGGACGCCCGAAACGGAGCAGUCGUCGAACCUGGACAUUUUGGCACCUCCGAAACACGUAAAACGGAGAUCAAGACUCGAAAUGUCCCCGGCAGUGUGGGCCCGGAGGCAAAACAAAAGCGACACGAACUUCUACAAUGUAGAAGAUAGCGUUAUUAUUAUAGAAAAGGCGGACCGAAGGCGUUACAAGUCACAACCGAGGGACAGUGGCCACUGCCGCGAAAAAAGAAACCCCUUGUUGGACCGCGUUAAACACACGAGACUUUCGUGUUUUCGAUCCAAUUCUACCGCGUCGACCGUAGUAGAUGUGCCUUCGUGUAGUUCGAAAAACUGUAGUGACGAGUACGGCCAAACUAGUGACAGUCAAAGUCUGGACUUGGAACUUUUAGGUGUGUGUAGUGAUAGUCAAUACGAUAGUCUCUCCCGAGCGUCAUGUUUCACUGCCAAACUUCGUGCGAUGUCGGAAAAGUAUCUCCAAUCGUCAACCAACAAGUUCCUAAAUAAGCUCUACAAAACCCCAGUGCCCCUUGCCGAAUCCACACCGACGAAAAACCCUCGACGAAAGAGGAACCUUCGUACCAAACUACGCAGUUUCUCGUACGGAGCCUUGCCCGGACUGGAAGAAUUCCAAAAGAGCCAUAACCCUUUGUGUCACGAGCCUGAUAGGGACACCUUAGACGAUGAAGACGAACGACUUCUUCUAGAUAACGAAGACUCCGACAGCGGUAUCAUCGUCAACGACUCAGCGCUCUCUUCCGGACUUGACACAGACACAUACAAGGGGGAUUCGCUUCUUCACGAUUCCGAGAGAGCCUCCAAUCGCAGGAGCCACCCUCAACGGGCUCUCUCUCUGGACAGACGCGAAAUUUUCCGGAACGCGUACCCUCCAGACAAACCCGACUCCGAACUCCCUUCCGCUCUUGCCAAAACAACAAUGCUAGUACGACUGAUCAAACACAGCUCCGACGAAGAACUAGGAAUUUUUUUGACGCAGAGUCGAGAAGUCUGCUACGGGUUCGUCGUCGCGCAUAUCGUCCCAGACGGAGUUGCGGCUAGACAGUCAAACCUGGCCGUCGGUGACGAAGUCAUCAGCAUCAACGGACGCAACAUCUCCGGUUUGAACAUGGCAGAGGCUAAACAGUCUCUAUGUACGUCAACCCUGCACGUUGACCUUCUCGUUUGCCGGAAACACGAGACCAGAUCUAUGAAGGAGAGUUUCGUUGAUUUCGACAGAUGUGAAGCAUUUUCCAGUCCUUUGUACAAACGCCACCACUACUUCCAAAAGAACAGUUGUAGUCACGGAAGCUACAAUAAGGUCUUGCGACGCGCGGCUACCGGUUCUGCCACCCAGUCCAAAAACAUAGAGACACCUUUUCCUUCUAGUCCUAAACCCCAAACCGACCUUAACACGACGAACUUUUGUACUUUGCCGCGGAGGCCGCGUUCUACGAUCUGUACCUUCCACACGGUCAUUCUGGAAAAGGGACCUGGCAAAAAGUCUCUUGGGUUCACCAUAGUCGGCGGGAGAGAUUCCCCGAAGGGUGCUUUGGGGAUUUUCGUCAAGACUAUUCUACCGAACGGGCAAGCGGCGGAAGACGGACGCCUCAAAGCCGGUGACGAAAUUCUAGCAGUGAAUGGUCAAGUUUGUCACGACAUAUCUCACGCAGAUGCCGUGCUUUUGUUCAAAAGUGUCAAAAACGGACCCAUUGCGCUACAUGUUUGCCGGAGGAACAAAUCGAAGUCUUUAUCGACCAAAGCGAAAUCUUGUACAAACCUUCAGUCCAGUACGUGAACUUCCAAGAAUGCUGAGCCAUAAAUAUGACGAACUGACAUUUUUGCAUUUACUUGGGUUUUGUGAUAAUGUAUUUUAUAAAUUUUUAAUAAAACGAUGAAAUGUU